AUGGCCCUCCCCGGCCAGUUUCCUGGAUCGUCGAGCGCCACGACGGUGGCCAUCACCAUCCCGAGCUGGACCGACGCGACCCGCACGCAGACGAUCAUUGCGCUCGUGCCGCAAUUCUCGGUCGACUCGACGACCAAGAGCGCGCUGGAACGCGUCAUUGGGCGGCACUUUAAGACUAUCACUGUGCUCCUGCCUGGGAUUCGGACAGAGCUCGUUAAAUGGAAAGACGACUGCGUUGCCGCUGCCAAGGGCGAAGGGCAGGCGCAGGGCGUGUGCGUCAAGGUGCUUGAACGGCUGCUCUUCAAGCUCGAUAUCCUCGACACGCUUGUUGGAAGACUAGCCGCGAUCGACUUGGCGCUCGCGCAGCCCUACACGCAGGACUCGAGCCCAACGGCACCACCACACCUUCCCUUGACGCGCGUCACCUCUGCCGAGUCGGACGCGUCAGACACGACCCCCGUGUCCAUCUCCACCCUCACCUCAAUGCUCCCUGCGCCAACAACACCACCCGCACCCGACGCCGCAUCCUCCCUCUCGCCUGACGACAAGCGCCGCAAGAUCGCCGAACGCUCGCUCUACUUCAAGCUCCUGCUCAACAGGAUAGAAGAGUACCACCGCGAGAUGCCCGAGGCAGCCUACUACCGCGACAGCGACCGCCUCAACGGGCUCAUGGUCGCGCUGUACGCCCACGUCAAGUCGCAGACCAAGAACUUUGAGCGCGAGAUGCGCGACAUGGUGUCGAUUUGUCUCGGUGGCGAACUGCUUCCCCCGCCACCGGCGUAA